AUGCUGGCCAGUUCGCAAGUGAAGCCACCGGUGUACGUAGCAUUCGUGCUGGUGCUAUUGGUCGCCACCAUACUGCAGCUGUGCCAGGCGGAAGCGCCCGAGUUUGAGUCCGGUGGACGUGUGAGCAAGCGUGGUCCAACCGUUGGUUUGUUUGCGUUUCCACGUGUCGGCCGCAGCGAUCCGGACCUGGGACUCGACUGGGAAUCGUCCGCCAUGCUGCCGAUGGAGACGGGCGAUGAUUACGAAGAUUACCCGAUGAAGGAGAUGAAGCGUCAAGGGUUGGUGCCGUUUCCGCGUGUUGGGCGCUCCGGCAAGUCGGAGCUGGCGAUGGCGGCCGCCCGUUACUGGCAGGCGGCCCGUAACCUGCAGCAGCAGCAAAGCAUCGCGAAGCGGGCCGGCGGUUCGGGUGCCAACAGUGGCAUGUGGUUCGGGCCACGGCUGGGCAAACGGGGACACUUCGGUGCCGUGCCGGUGCCAAGCGGUAGCAGCGAGCAGCAGCUGGUGAAAGGUGAACAGCUGUAAACGGGAUGCAUCAACCGCCCGCACCUGCAUGAUUUGUUUUUCCCCCGUUCAUCCCGAUACUGUCCCAUUCCCUGCUCCAGUGUUUGGUGUUUUGUUGAAGAAUCAAUGUGACUACUACUACUACUUGACGUACGCUGAUGCUGUUCCUGUUGACGUCCCGAAAAUAAUGUUCCCGUUUGGAUUGGCUAACUCAUAAUGGAUGGUUCAGCGAGAAGAGGUGUUCCGCGUGUUUCUCUGGUGUUCUAGAUGUUAUAUUAUGAGAUCGUUCCUUGUGUGAGCCUAUAGCGCAUCCGGAGCAGAACGUCAACCAGGGUAUGGUGAUCGAGUUUGUAGGUUUCUUGCUUUGCGUACAACAACGUUGAAGGCUGGCAGGCAAAUGAGGGGAAUACUUACCUCGCUGUUCGAUUCCAUCAGUUGCCUGACGUGUUUACGCAACCCUAUAGCACGCACAACACAAUCGAUUUGUUGCAAUACGUUUCGUUUAAACGUUAAGUUUCCGAUUCCAUCAAUAAUCACCACAAUAGACGUAUUCGACCCUUAAUGGAUGUUAACAGUAUCCUUACAAAAAACUCUCUCUAUGGAAAGGAGGUUGGCAAUAUAAGUAGCGAGAGCAGCGGACACAUAAUACAACAAAAAAAAAGGUACUAAUAUUAUUAGCUGACAGCAAACUGCACGCGGUGGAGAAAAAUGGCAGACAAGAAAAUCAAUAAAAACAAAUGAAAUGUUGUUCAACUACGAAUCAAGCUGGUGUAAAUAAAACUUAAACGUAAAUAUG